AUGGCUUUAAAUUACCUUAUGUGGAAUGGAGAUUUAGUCCGAAAAAGCAAAGAUGAGGUACUUUUGAGUUGCCUAGGAAAGAAAGAAUACAUGAAGGUCAUGGGAGAAACCCAUGAAGGAAUUUGUGAAGCUCAUCAGGGUGGAAGAAAAAUGUGUUGGUUAAUUAGGAGGAAUGGCUACUUCUGGCCAACUAUGAUGAAAGAUUGCAUUGAUUAUUCCAAGGGAUGUGAGGCUUGUCAAAGGCUUGGCCCAAUCCAGCAGGCUCCUUCAAUUCCCAUGAAUCCAGUAGUCAAGCCAUCGGCAAUGGAUCUCAUUGGCAAGAUUUAUCCAGCUAGUAGCAAACAACACUAUUUUAUCAUUAUAGCUAUAGACUAUUUCACCAAAUGGGUAGAAGCCAAGCCUGUUAAAUCCACUACAUCUCAAGAGAUCAUCACUUUCAUAGAAGAACAUAUCAUACAAAGGUUUGGCAUUCCAGAAUCUAUCACAACAGAUAGGGGAUCUUCUUUCAUAUACGGAGAGAUGCUAGAUAUGGCAGAAGCAUUCAAAUUCAAACUACUUCAAUCCACUCGUUAUUAUGCUCAAGCUAAUGGGCAGGCAGAAUCAAGCAACAAGGUGAUCAUUAACGUUAUCAGGAAAAUGCUUGAGAAAAAUCCAAAGCAGUGGCAUGAGAAGUUAUCAGAAACUCUGUGGGCAUAUAGGACUUCAAAGAGAGAAACAACUGGCAUGACCCCGUAUGCUCUAACUUAUGGUCAUGAUGCAAUUCUGCCUAUGGAAAUAGCAGUCCAAUCUCUCAGAAUUACUCACCAACACAAUCUGACUGGAGAAGACUACUCCCAAGCCAUGCUGCUAGAACUGGAAGGACUGGAUACAAGUAGAAUUGACACCCUCAACAAGCUCUUAGCAGCAAAAUAG